UGGUAGAUGGGGGUUGCCCAAAGAUAGAUCACCCCAGGGUUUCCAUUUUCUUCUCACAUUUCUCUUUUGAGAACUCAGUUUCUCUCUCUCCUCCUGUUUUAUCUAUAUACAAAACACAAGUUUCAUGAAUUAAAGGAACUUCUAAAAGUGGGUCUUCUCUUAACCAAGAGUAGAAUUGUUUGCAGAAAGGAAAAAAACACACAAAUAAAAAGGAAACAAACUACUAAUAAUCAUGGGAAGAGGGAGAGUAGAACUGAAGAGAAUAGAGAACAAAAUUAACCGGCAGGUUACUUUUGCUAAGAGAAGAAAUGGACUUCUCAAGAAAGCCUAUGAACUCUCAGUUCUCUGUGAUGCUGAGGUUGCUCUCAUCAUCUUCUCUAAUCGUGGAAAGCUUUAUGAAUUCUGUAGCAGUUCUAGCAUGGUGAAAACACUUGAGAAGUACCACAGCUGUAGUUACGGAUCAUUGAAAGCCAGCCAACCUGAAAAUGAGAGCCAGUAUAACUACCAUGAAUAUCUGAGGCUAAAGGCAAGAGUGGAAGUUCUGCAACGGUCACAAAGAAAUCUUCUCGGAGAAGAUUUGACCCCAUUAAACACUAAGGAGCUGGAGCAACUUGAGCACCAACUGGAGAUGUCUUUGAGGAAGAUCAGAUCAACAAAGACUCAAUGCAUGUUGGAUCAGCUUGCUGAACUCCAAAGAAAGGAGCAAGUUCUUGCUGAAACAAAUAAAGCCUUAAGGAAAAAGUUGGAAGAAAAUGCUCAGGAAUUUCCAGUUAGGCAAAUGUGGGAAGGUGGAGCACAAACCAUUCCGUAUAAUCCCCUUCCUACACACUCUGACGAUUUCUUCCAACCUCUUGGAUUGAACUCCAGCAUGCACACCAGUUUCAGUGGAUUAAGAUACAACCCUAUUGGCUCCGAUGAGAUGAACGUUGCUGGUGUCAAUGGAAACAAUCCUAAUGGGUUGUUUCCAGGAUGGAUGCUGUAGUAGAAGAAAUUGCAUCACCCUAAGUUUCCCACGGGUAAAAAUAAGGUAAUUUCUUCUUUUAGAACCAAACUUAUAUCAUUUUAUUUUUUUGAGUGUGUGUAUUAUGUGUGUUUAUGCAAAUUCGUAAUUAUUCUCCCAAGAGAUUGAAGGCUUCAUAAGUCGUUGAGAGGACGACGAUGACCUUGAUUUGAAGAACCCAUGGAUUCUUGGCAUGAAUCCGUCUGUAAGGAGUUAGGUUAAAAAAAUACAUGGUUGAUGGGAG